AUGACCUCACUCGCAGUAUUCUCUCCAUUGAAGAGAACCAUAACCGAUAUUAUGGAAGAUGAUUUGUAUCAUCUUCCUAACAAUUCCGGAAGCAGUUUUAACGUGAAUAACGUUCAGCAACAACAACAGUCUCAACAACAACAACAGCCUGCUGGCAGGAUGAAUAGCUUUGGAUCUCAACAGCAACAACCUGUGAAUUACCAGCAAUCUUCAUCUCAACAGUUUCCCUUUCAACCUUCCCAGCAAGUCACCCAGCAACCUACUCCAACCCUUACCAGCGCACAAUUAAAUUCCAUGUUUAACAGUCUACCUGACUCAUACAUAACACCAUAUUCUUUGGAUAUGAAUGAUCAACAACAGUCACAACAGCAUAGUAAUAUAAUAACGCCGGAGCAGGUAUUUUCUGGAACCGUCGGAAAGUCACCUUUCGCUGAUUAUGCUAACCCAGAUUCACAAUUUGGAACUUUCUUCGGUAACAACACUGUCAACAACACUACAAGUAAUGUUCCAUCUACUAGAAGACGCUUUACAACCCUCGAAUCUCAUUCAAACGAAAAACCAAUUAAAGACGAAGACUACUAUCUUUUCAAUACUGAUAUACAACCUUCCCAUUUGGUCUCCAAGAAUGACGAGGUGAAUUUGUCAAACGACGAUUUCCUUUACUUGAAUACUCCACUUUACGUUCCUCCAAAGCAGACUCAAGAGUUUCCAAUUCCAGGUUAUGAGAACGAUUACCUCAUGAUGUCAGGAGUUGAAGAUUUUGAAGAGGAUAUUGAAGAUCCUAUAUCUUCUGAUGAAGAAGAUGAAGACGACUACUUCCAUGAUGACUUCGAUGAAAUGAUAAUGAACGAUCUUCCUCAACCUUUGGUAAAUGAUUUCGUUCAAAAUCAACAACAAGUGCAUCCUCAAGUUCAACAAUUUGAGCAAGAGCAAAUGUCUCAUCGUCCAUCUAGCAUCUCAUCUUCUUCAUUAACAUCUGUUCCAACUACCGGCUCUACUUAUCAUGAUAACAGCUCAUUCGAUAGAUUGGUUUUCUCGUCUCAAGAGAACAUGCCUUCGGUAGAUGAUAUAAAACUUGAUGACGAUGAGGAUGAUGAAGACUACGGUAAUACCCAAGAAACUACUCCUGAACAAGAUUUUGAACUGAGUCCUGUGAACAGUAUUCGUAAACUUCAUAAUCACUUUGAAGCCUCCAAUCACCAGACUGCUGCUGAAAUAACCGCCAAUAAUCCAAACCAUCAAUGUGACUUAAUAAAUCCAUCCACUAGUCAACCUUGUAACAAGCAAUUUUCAAGGCCUUAUGACUUAAUUAGACAUCAAGAAACCAUCCAUGCAUCCAAGAAGAAGAUCUUCAGGUGUGUUAUUUGUGAAGGUAGAUUGAAUGGUGGCCCUGGAAAUGGAAAGCUGAAGACCUUUUCUAGAGGUGAUGCCUUGUCUAGACAUAUUAAGGUCAAGCAUGGUUUAGUCGGAGACGAAGCGAUAGAAUUGAUAAAUGAUGCCAAAGCCAAUGUUGAGUUUAUUUCUGUUUAA